CGAUUUUCAUCCAGCCGCCGCCGCCGCAGCGAGCCAUCCUGCGAGGAUCGCGGAUCCCAAACAAUAAAUAUUGCACUGCUCGAAAGUGGCGAUGUGUCAAGGUUGCCGAUCGGCGAAUUUCGACUCGGCGACGAAAUCGCGUUGAGGACUGGCCCGCCGAGUGGCCGACAGCUGUUGGCGUCGCCGACACGCAGUGCGUGCGAUUCGGCCGCCGACAACUACGUGUGCGCGCCCCGGCCGACGUGUGUGCGGUGACCCGAGUGACCCCAGCGACCCAGAGUGCCAUGUCAUCGUCGUCGGCCCAGACCCAUCGAUGAGAUGAUGUCGUCCAGCCUGUCGACGCAGCAGACGCCUGGCUCCACGCCGCCAAACUCGCCGGCCAAGCAGCCCCCGGCCGGAGGCGGCGGAGUUGGCGGCGGCUCGGUGCCCACGCGGCAGAGGUCCCUAAAGGACCGUUUCCGCGACGGAAUCACUGGCAGCUUCUCCUGGCAGCCGAGACGAGCGUCACAAGAUGUGCCCCCCUCAAUUGAUAACGAAAAUUUGCACUGUGCCAGGAGCAAAAGCCGCAGCGUGGACCACGGCCUGCUGAUGCCGUUCGACCUGAACUCGCUGCGCAGCAAGGUCGAGGGCCGCAUCGAAGCCGUGCAGAGCGAAGAGAACUCAACCGAUGAAUCAGCUGUGGAGGGGACUGUUAAGGAGACCAAAGUGGCUUCAAAAAUUACGCAACCACCAAACACAGUCACUUACGUGGUGAAGGCAAGCGACACACUCACUUCCGUGGCAGCAUGCUUCGACACGACGCCCGGCGAGCUCGCCAAGCUGAACAAACUGCCCCAGCGGCUACCCCUCUUCCCUGGCCAGGUGCUAUUCGUGCCCUCGAGGGAGUCGGCGGCCGCUAACUCAGACGCUGAUGGAGCCACCUCAAGAGCGUCCGCUGACGAUUCCCUCGCUUCCUCUGACUUCCAAUCCUCCACUAACAACGCCGACUCGGGCCUUGACAUUGACAUCGAGAGACAGCUGCUGGACAGUUUGCGUCCCGUGUCGCCGCUUCCAAGCGCGAGAACGUCGUCGAGCAGCGAUCCGCAGCAAGGAGGCCAUGAGUCGUCGGCCUCCUUCAGGAAGGGCAAGGACGUACGAGAGCGCUUCCUUCGCAUCAACGUCCGACACAUCACCGAUGGACAGGGUGUGGUGGGUGGCGUUCUGCUGGUGACACCCAACGCGGUCAUGUUCGACCCAAACGUGUCCGACCCGCUUGUGAUCGAGCACGGGCCGGAGUCGUACGGUGUGAUCGCACCAAUGGAGUUCGUGGUCAACUCAGCCAUCUACCACGACAUCGCGCACAUGCGGGUGCGCCACGUGCCAGGCGCCGAUCUGCCGACGCCGAGCCGCACCGCCGACCACCCCCGACCUGUGAUCUACUACCCUGCUGGUGCAACCGGGUCCGGCGGCGGCGCCGUCUCUGGCGCCGAUUGCUCACCGGUAAAGGACGAGUGCUUCCCUGAGCUGGCGCAUCACACGUCGUCGUCCAACUCGCCAGAGGCCAGCCACUGCUCGUCGGCCGAGCCUGGCGCCGCCGCGCGAGACGGCGACGCCUUCCCCAAGGCUUUCGAACGUGACCUCGUCACGCCGACCGCCCCCGCUGACACGCCUACCCCCUCGCCAGCGCCGCAUGCUGUCUCCAGGCUAGAUGACAAGCCUAGCAUCUAUGACUCAGGGAUUGAUAUGAGAGACAAUGCGUCUGCGUCUCACGCCACCGAGACGAUUGCUGAGGAGGAGAGUGCAGAUUCGAUGCCACAGGACGAGGGCAAAAUUCUGAGCUGUGUUACAACUAGGAAAAAAGCCUCCUCUGUCUCGUUCUCCUCUGACCUGGACAAAGAGAUGCCGUCGUCUGCCCCGGCGGUUGAAGUUGCCGAAAAAACGGAAAGCAAAAGGGCUAAGGGUUUCAAGAGGCUCAGCUACCCGAUUGCGUGGAUGGAAAAUCUCAGCGGCAGUGACAAGGACUCGGUCAACUCUCUGGACUCUUCUUCCAUUCCCUCUCAGCCGAGCUCGGCCGACCUGAAGGACUCGUCGCAGCACUCGUCUGUCUUCUCCAAAGUCUUCUCAAGUUCUCCUUUGAGCGUUCUCGAUAUCGGCUCCAACUUUUUCAACAAGGAGCCGUCAUCCUUGCCGUCGCAUCUGCAGGACCCUUCUGCAAGGUCUUCUUCCCCCAUAUUUGAGUUUCCUCCCUGCGCUGACAAAGUAGGAGGGCGGUCUUCCGUGGACGUGACGAGGAAAGUGGCCAAGCCCGAUCUGGCAGUGCACAGGGCUUCGAUGGCCGACCUGGGCGCGAAACUCAACUACCACAGCAUGGUGUCUGUCGAGGACAUGCCCGAGCUGUUUGUCUCCUUUGAAAAUCCAGAAAAUGAAUUGCGAAAACUCGCAAGUGUUAAAAUUAUGGAUUAUGACGCAAAUCUAAUCAUAAAUGGACCUACGUCAUACAUGGAAUUAAUCCCUCGACCCGCGCGACCGUGCGACGAUCCCCCAAUGUACCUGCGGCUGCUAAUGGGUAAACCAAUCAACAAGCGCAUUCCUAAGUCCACGCCCAUCAUGUCAUACGGCAAGAAGAAAAUGCGACCUGAGUACUGGUUCAGUGUGCCAAGAAACAGGAUCGACGACCUGUACCAAUUUUUGCAGCUUUGGGUGCCACACCUGUAUGGCGAUGUGGAAGACAUGGAUCUGUCAGAGCGGGGCUUUGAGCUGGUUGAAUCAGACACGGAGUUGUGGCCGGACGACGCCGUCGACGCAGAUAACGCCAAGGGAAACCGCAGUUCCACUUCUUCAACUGGGGAGCUGGGCGAACUCACCAGGGAGUCUUGGGAGGUUUUGAAGGCGCCUUAUGUAAAAUUCUACACGCUGUUGAAGACUCAGACAAUGUCAUCUGAGUGCGAAGCUCGCCCCGAGGUGCUGUCUAUGAGCGAGGAGCUGCGGCGCGCGCUUUACGCUGCCGGCGGCUCCAGCGCCGGAUCCUUCGACGUCGACGUGUUCGGCCUGCCGGAGCUGAUCGGCGCCACAGAGAUCUUCGAGGACGCGCACCGGGCGCGCCUGCUGCGCCACCUGCCCGCCCGCGCUGAGGGCUACCCCUGGACGCUGGUCUUCUCCACCUCGCAGCACGGCUUCUCGCUUAACUCCAUGUUCCGCAAGAUGGCCAAGGUCGAGUCACCCAUCCUGCUCGUCGUACAGGACACUGAGAACAGGGUGUUUGGCGCGCUGACGGCCUGCGCUCUGAAAGUGAGCGACCACUUCUACGGCACAGGCGAGUCGUUCCUGUUCCGCUUCGCGCCGCCGUCGACGCCGAACAACGAAGAGGCAGCCGAGUCAACGUCACAGCCCUCUAGUCCCGCAAAAGAGGAACCGCCGACGCCACCACCCGUUGGGAAGAUUGAGGUCUUUGACUGGACCGGUGAAAACAUUUUCUUCGUUAAGGGAAACAAUGAGAGCCUUGCCAUCGGCGCUGGAGAUGGAAAAUUCGGUUUGUGGUUGGACGGCGACCUGUACCAAGGCCGGACGCAGCCGUGCUCGACGUACGGCAACAAGGCGUUGGUCGAAGAAGAGGACUUUGUGGUGAAGGCGUUGGAGUGCUGGGCCUUCGUUUGAACUGCAGCCUCUGCAAUAGUAGCUUGUGAUAAGAAAUUCAACACACACAUACACACACACACACUCUCACUCACACUCUGUAUUUAUUUUUGGGGCUCGGCAGCCCCCAGUUGCAGCGUAGAGUAACACACUUGUUAUUUUUUUAAUUGCGUGCGAGCGAGCCAGCAACACCCUGCGAGUGAAAUCGAUGAGAAAUUUUUGCCAAAAGCGAGAGACGAACGGCCCAGGGUGCUGACGCCGCCCGCCGAUAGAAAUACGAGAAAUAUAUUAUUAUAUAUACUGUAUAUUUUGCCACUUCUGUGAAGAUCAACACGCAAUUGACGGAAAAUGAUAUAAUUAUAUGUUAAGUGUUUACGGAUAUUGAGGACCGGGCCGGCUGGCGGCACGGUGCGGCCGAAAAUUGUUGUUUUCGAACGCCGCCGCGAACCUCUCGGUUUUCAAACACGCACUCACGAACAUGAGUCAAAGUGAAUGAAUUUUGAAUAUAUAGGGCCUAACUAUUCCGAUAACGAACAGCAAUUUUAAAAUUCUUGUAAGCGUUUGAGCAAAUGCGUUUUGUGCAUUUUGCGGAUAAAAAAAGUAAGAGACGAGUUAUUGUUUUAGAGCAAGCGGAUCGAUGUUUGCGCUGCCGAUCUCCGCGCGCGCACUUGUUAAACGCAGACAGUUAUCUUACAUAAAUAUAUAAUCCACGUUUGUUCCAUUUGGAAACACAGCUGAGGAUGUGUGAGAAAACAUAAUACAAAAAAAUAGAGAAGGGAAAAUGUAGUGCUUUGUUACACGUAGUCUAUGACGCUGAGAAGAAUUUCUAUGAUAGUUGUUGCGAAAUCAUUUUCCAUUUCUUCCUGAUCCAGAAGCACUGUCGAUUUAGUUUCCUUUCCUUGGAAUCUCAAGAAGCGAAUUUUGGAGGAAGCCACGUUCGGGCGGACGACCAUUUGUCAUCGGACCAAAACUAAACUUUAGUCUCUCUCUCACUUUCUCGCAAGAGAAGCGUGUAUUAUUUAUAUAACCACUUAAAUCGCGCAUAAUCAAUUACUACUCUCUCGACUCUGGUCGUCACUCUAAUGAAAAUGGAGCUUUUUCGACACACACUUUUCUAGCAAAACAAUAAUAUAUAAAUCGUAAUAACUUUGGAAAAAGAACGCAGCGUCAGGGCCGAAGCGGAUGAACGUUUUCAAAACCUGUGUUUCCCCCAAACCACAGUUCCUCGAACUAAUCGAAGAAAUUCAUCUCAUUGGUGCUUUUUGAGCCACAUACUCUCUCACACAUAUAUAAACAAACACACACGCAAUUCUAAACAAUUUUGUUAGUCGAACCGGAACAAUGACAUCAGCUCAUGUGUAUUCGUUGACAACAAAUCUGACUGUUUGGUUUUGUGGCCGCUUAAGCAUACCAAAAAGAAGAAGAAUCGAAUACUCGGUGUUUAGUUGUUGUUGUUGUUGUCGUCGUGCGAAUUUGUUGACUAGCUGUUUAGGAGAACGCAAAAAAAAUAGAACAAUCGCCUGGCAGCCCUAGCUGGGACGAUUUUCAUUUCUAAAAACGCGGCGCCGGCGGUCACAUCUCCACUCAGGCCGUGCCUUUUCAUUCAAGCUCCAGUUUUUUCGUCGCGACAAAUCGAAGUGAGUGCGGGUCCGACGCGUUUUGUAGGGCUUGCGCACCGCUUUUUUCCUCAACGUGAAAGUCAGAUUUGUUUCGCCACAGCGUAUUAAAAUCGGUGUUUUUGCAGUACGAACAGACGCUCUCGGCAGCUUUCAUUCUGAGACCACUCAUUGUUUCCCGAGCGGAUUUUGCAAAAUGUUUAUGCAGCCAUAUUAUUAUUUUGCUUUUACCGGAUUUUAUGAAAUCGCAUAAAAAGUGCAGCUAAAACUCUUAUGACGGAAGCCAUUAAAAUUUCCCUUGGCUGUCCUGUCCUUCAAAUUUUACUGAACUUUAAAUUUGUUCUAGUAAUGCCAUAAUAAAAAACAUAGGAAUUAUAAUUGGUUUAGAAAAUGCGUGAUAUUUUUUUUAAUUAAACUGUCUGCCGCUCUUAUCAAUUAGAGCUACCCACGUCCAGCUGAGAAUAAAACUCAGCCAAUCAUUCAGUGGGAAAUUAGCAGCGUAUUAAUUUUGUAUCUGUUUAUUCCCUUGAGGAUCACUUUCAAAUCCCCUCCAAACACGAUCCCCCAUUCAAGAACGGAGUUUUCCAUGUAUUUUCGGGCUUCUGGUGUUUACCAUCCUCAGAAAUCUGUAGUUGUGCUCAGGAUGAAAGUCGGCACGGGCGUCAAGGAUGAUUAGAGCGUAAUUUCGGUGUUGUUCGGCCCUGCUUGUUAGCCAUGUGGAGAUUUUUCUCUUGCGUGUGCUCGGUGUUUAGCGAGACGUGUGUGUACAAUGUAAGCUAGCAAUGUUGAUCGUUGAGCAUUGAAUUUAAUUCCUCGUGUGUAAUUGCUUGAAACACA